AUGGAGCAAGGGAAAGAAGCUAAGAGAACAGAAAAGAAGGAAGGAGGAAAAAGAAAGAAGAGGGGAACAGGAGGAAAAAUGACGUACGCGGUCAGUACGUCAAUACAGGCGUGUGAGGCAAGCUCCGAAGCUGCAAUGGUCAAAUCUGUCAACUUGGAACCAUGCAAUGAUGAGCUAUGUACACUGCAAGGAGGGAAUUCUUACACUUAUUAUGUUAAAUUUACCACAGAGAGAAACAUUGAAAAGGUGUACCUGAAGGCCAAGGCAGACUUAGUGGUGUGGAUCCCUGUGCCCCUGCAGGAUGCUAAUGGCUGCCGUGCCUUGAGUGGUCAAAAGUGUCCAUUGGUCGCAGGUCAGACUUACACAGUAGCUAUGACCAUCAACAUACAAGAAGGUACCCCUCAAGUCCGUGCAGUUAUAAAAUUGGAAAUGACUGCACCAAAUGAUGUGCAAGUCUUCUGCACUGAAGUCCCAGCACAACUGUAUUACUUGUCAUUAUACAGACUGGCAACUUAA